GAGGAGGGCCCAGGAGUUCGAGCAGAACCUGCUUUGGAGGAUAUCAACGAGGCCAAUGAUGCAGACGCCUUCAGACGCCUCGCAAAUUCACGCAAGAAGAAGUCAGCAGACUUUUUGGGGAAUAGCAAGACCCGAUAUUACCUCCUGUCAACUCUGACACUUGCGCACAUCUGCUCGCCUGUGACAUCUUUGCUAUUCCGGUCGACGAGUGUGGAUGCUGCAAUGACGUACAGGCCCAGCAAAUCUUCCGAAAUAAAGAAACGUCGGCGCCUCCACUUCAAAGCCCCUGCUGCACCCGGACCACCAGCAACUCAAGACGAUUCUUCAGAGGGAAAUUUUGGUCGGUUGCCUGCGGUUGUUGGUGCAGCCAUUGAUCGCUUAUGGCGGGGCUUGCUUGGAGAGACAGACAUUUUUCAAAUUGCCAUGACAUUUUGGCCGGAAGCCGAACCACUUUCCUCAAUGCACAAGUGCUUGUCCAACGACAUCCUUGCACACAUCGCUGCGCUGAAAUGGAGAGUUUUGUCCAGGGUCGCAGAGCCGCCGUUUUCAGCAAUUGAGUUGCAGCGGUACUUGACCGAGAAUGGUUCUCUGCCUGUGAAGGACGGCGAUGUGGACGAUGAUGUGUCCUUCGUCAUGAUGGCCCGUCACUGCCAAAAGCUGUGCAGUAUGAAUCCGUGCUGUUGCGAGCCAAAUUUUGCACGACCUGUGCGUGAGCAGCUUCUGGCUUUGCCUGAGACUGAUCGCCUUGCCUGCUUUGCCUUGCACAUGUCCGCGUUCUUGCGCAGCAUGAGGGGAUGCUCUUUGCAAGAAGAGGUGAGUCACAGUCUCCAGAGAAAAAUUGCUUCUGGGAGCAAAGGCCCUUCGGCACGACAGCACUCACAGGCUGCUGGGUUUGUUGUGAAGAGGCUGGCAGAAUCUUACGUCCGCCGUGGCGGAAGGAAUCUGGAUCUAGCCCCAAAGUCAGUGCAGCGGUCGGUGAAGAUUGCCCGAGUGAAAAAGAUCAUUCACAAGCGUCCACAACAGCAAGGACAUGCAUUCUUUACUUAUUUUGCAGCAGAGCGCCAGAAGGGCAACCGGCAGCCAAAAGCAGAGAUUUUACAGACGUGGAAAAACAUGGACGUCAACAGGCAGCUCAUGUGGAAGUCCCGGCAGGUACUGCAAGUCCAGCAAAGGAGGCGUGCCGAGCAAGCUAUGCUGGAAGAAAAGAAACAUGUUGCUUUCGCCACUGCCUGGCAUGUCGGGGACAAUGACUACCCUCUGCGACAAAGCUUCCUGGAUGACUUCCUCCGGCCAUUUAGCUCCCGGGCCUCAGGUCUGGCCAAAUUGUCCGACCCCGCUUUCAUGGAGGACGAAAGCUGCAAGAUGUUAGUGGACAAAGUGCGCAACAAAGGGUGGUACUACCAUUCCAUGGAUGCGGCUAGCUUGGCCUGCAAAAUCCUGGUGGCGCCGGAAAUUUCAGCUGAAGGACAGCAGGCCAACGCCAUUCUGGCUUCUCGAUGCGAGGCAAUGCCAUGUCAUAUGAAGCAUGCGGGUCUGUGUGCUACGAAAGAUGCGGCCAGAAUCGACGAUGUGAAUUCUUUUAUCCAGGCUUUUCCCAAAGAGCCGUGCGUGCUGCGCUGUGAGGCACAGAUCCCGGGCAGGACCAAGGUUGUCGUCUACGCAAAGGCAAUCCUAGGUACCAAGAGACCGCUUCGGAUGUUCUACGCCUGGCUGAAGCAUCCUAGCGCCGGUCAUGCGGCCAAAUGCGAGUUGGCAUUUCCUGCCAACUCCUGCAGGCCUCCUCAUGAGCUGGUGGUUUCGAAGCUUCCUCCGGCCUUUCAGGACAGUGAUGUUUGCGAUGUUUGGACACCGUACGAAUUCGGACUGCAUUUGCUGGCGGUAGCCAAACCGAAAGCCUGGAGAUUUUCUUCUAUGUGCUUUGAACAGCGGUCCCUCGCGAAAAUCGUGGUUUCUGGAAUCGACCAGGACCUGGCCCGUGUCACAGACAACAAGGCGUCAACCAAGCCCGGGGUGGCAGCGGAAUCUGAUGCAGUG